AUGGUUGGAAAAGUCCAGCGAGCCAAGGAGACAGUGGAGGAGAGAAUACCCGAUUUGCUGGUCCGCAACCACAGCGUCUCGUCAGCUUUGCAUCCGUUGACCUACGUGGGCCCGUUGCAAAAGUGGACCACGUUUGAGCACGAUGUCAAAGUCGCUGUUCAACAACAAAGUUGGGGAAUCCAUACUAGCACCAUCACGAUCCGACCAGUAGGAGCACUGGGACCACACAACACGGCCAACGAGCAGCUGCUUGUGGGCGAUGAAAACGGGGUACAAGGCCGAUUCCAACAGAACGUUGGUCACGUCAUGAGCGCAGUGUUUGGGUCUCAGGGCCUUGACCUUCGAUUUGGUGACUUUAAAGCCGCCGGUAGCACCUACAGGCGAACGCCGGACGUGGUUAUUAUCAAUAGCCAGAACCACAUCAAGGUUGUGGGUGAACUCAAGUGCCCGUGGAUCGAUGAGCACAUAUUGAUCGAGGAGCCAACGACAACGUCAACAACUGAACAUCAGUUCAGGUCACAGAUUGGCCAAUUGGCGAGAUACAUGCACGAUCUCCAAGUCGGAUACGGAGUUUAUUCGACAUACAGACAGCAUGUAUUUUUCAAACAAGAGUGCAUCGCUGGUCGUUGGGUGCUUCGAUACUCGCCGGUUAUUUCAGACACGACGAACUCUGAAUCAGAACUCACAGUGAGACAAUGUUUCUUCUUUCUCGGACAUGAGGCUGGCCGAACACUGCGGGUUGUUAACUCUACCCCGCCUGGUCAAUGGGUCGUGAAACAUAAAAGAGCUUCGUAG